AAUGUUUCAUGCAGCGAGUGUAACUGUAAUGGCGCGGUAGGUUGUGUCUCGAGUUCUAGCCUUUCCCGUUCGAAUUUGCUGUGAUACUCCGUAAACGUUUUCGUUUUCGUGUUCGAUUCGGAGUAAUAAUUAAUUUCUUUAUAAUAUUAUUACAAAAAAUCAACGUUUAUUGUGCGGUUUUACGUUUAAAAUUGUAAUAAUAAAUUAAUGGUGCGAGUAAGCUUCGUUGUGCGGAUUUGUACGGUACGCGAGUGCAUGUGUUACAGUGUUUGGUGAUUUCGGUAAUACGUAAAUUAAUAUCUAUCUUCGAUGAAAUGUUUUAAAAUUUAAAUGAAUAUCCGCGUACGAUGGUUACGAUUUACGAAUGUGUUAAUCUUUGAUUUUUUAUUUUAUUAUUUACUGCUGCUGAAAAACUAGCGCGUAAAGUUUUUGUUUGUUGGUGUUGUGACGAAGGCGAAUCUUGGAAUUGCUGUGCAAUAAUGUGGCUGCCGUUGUAUUUCAUUGUAAUCGGGUUGGCGGCUUCGUUGAAUUUUAAUUCAGGUAAUUGAACGAUUCGACCUGUUUGAGAACGAGUACCAUUCGUAUUUCUUCCUGCUUACGAUUCUAUCGUGCGAAGAAUGGAGUUCUCGGCAUUUGUAGAAUUCUGGCUGAAUGUGUUUUGCGUCACCGUCGUCGUAGUUGUAGCGAGCGACGCUCAUGAAGAAUCGCUAAUCAAUAACCAACAGUUCAAAGUCAGGCAUUUUAGACACUCCAGAGCGCCCGCCGCCUCAGCUCAUGGCCCAUCGCCGGAUUUCGGAGACGAAUACUCGCAGGGUUAUUACACCGGCAACAGCAACAGUUUAGGAAAUGAUCGUAUAAACGAAUAUUAUAGUAAUAAUAAUUCCAUCGUCGGCCAAUCAAGUUUGAGAGUCGCUGACAAUCGAAAACCAGUUUUCAGAAAUUGCGCAUCGUACCAUCCCUCUGUAAAAGAAGAACAACCUACCGGCACCUUUAUCAUUCAGGUUGAAGCAGUCGACGAAGAUCCUCCAGAAGUCGGAGGCACGAUUACGUACAGCUUUGUGACCAGCUCGAAACUCGUAUCCAUCGAACCGAAUACUGGCACUAUAACCACCAAAGCUAUGUUAGAUUGGGACGAACCGAAAAGAGAAAAGGAAAUCUACGUUACGGUUCGAGCAACCGAUAAUGGAAAACCUAGAUUAGACGACACGUGUACUUUUAAAAUUACCGUCGAAGAUAUCAACGAUAAUUCGCCAGCUUUUGACAAAACUAGUUACGAAGAAUCGGUGCCUCAAGAUUUGAAAAUAGGCGACGAAGUGAUGCGAUUAUCGGCGACCGAUAUCGAUAAUGGAAGCAACAGCGUUAUAGUGUACAGUUUGAUGGAAAAAGGCAGCCCUUCGGACGUGAAGUAUUUUCGCGUACAAAAUACCACCGGAAUCGUGUACUUGAAUAAGCUGAUAGAUAAACAACCCGGGUACAAAUUCAAAUUCAAAGCAUCGGCCACCGACCAGGGUCUGAACGAACCUCAUUCGACCGACGUAGACGUGAUAGUUUUGGUUGUAGAGUCAGACAAGAAGCCGCCGCAAUUUACCCGGAUACCUACUUCGCCGAUUCACGUGGCCGAAAAUUUCAGUAAUUUUUCGUACAACAUAGCAACGUUCGAAGCGAAAUCGAAUACGGACGAAGGCGAAGCUGUUUUCAGUUUGGCUGUCGGACCGACCGAGCAGACCAAUAAGCAUGGUACGUUUCGUUUGAGCUUUGGAAAGAAUAUGGCUCAUUUACGUUUGGCUGGCAAUUUGGAUUACGAAAGAAUCGAACGAUAUGAUUUGACUGUGAGAAUAACGAAUAAAUACAAAUUGGGAGCGGUUCAUUCGCUGACCAUUAUGGUGGACGAUGUGAACGAUAAUUUUCCCAAAUUCACCAAAGAUCUCACUGUCGGAGGGGUGUCGGAAAAUCAACCUCCUGGUACACCGGUUAUGCAAGUCAACGCCGUCGACGACGAUAAAACUCCGUCGUUUAGCAAGAUCACGUACAUAUUAGAAGAUAAUACGGAAAAUUUCGACAUUGAUCCGAAUACCGGAAAUAUCACUACCAAGCAGACAUUCGAUCGUGAAACGAAGGAUACGUAUAAUGUAAAAGUUAGCGCUAUCGACGGAGCACCUUCUUCGCACUCCGAUAACGGUGAACCGAACAAAGCUACUCAAGUAUUCAGUAUCGAAAUCAUCGACAUGAAUGAUCACUCGCCGAUAUUCACGAAACGAAAGUACGAAGCGGACAUAUCGGAAGACGCCGGCACCAAUCAAUUAGUUACCGAAGUAAAAGCCGACGAUGAGGAUUCGGCUUCUUCUAUCAUAUACAGUAUCAAAAGUGGCAAUGUGAACGAUGCGUUUUUCAUCGAACCAGAAACCGGUAAAAUUAAAGUGAAGAGUGGAUUAGAUUACGAAAAGAUAACGGAGUACGUUUUGAAAGUCGAAGCAUUCGACGGAUUGUACCGAGACGAAAGCGAAGUAGAAAUCAGAAUUUUGAACGUGAACGAUAAUCCGCCGGCUUUCUUGGAAUUUCAAAGAGAGACGACCAUCCAAGAAGAAACACUAGUGCCCGGAUGUUUGUUAACGGUGAGAGCUUUCGAUCCGGAUAUCAGUAAUAGGAACGCUCCUCAAAAUAUCGUCUAUUCGUUGGUGAACGAGCAUUUGCAGAAAUAUUUCUCAAUCGAUAAGGACGGAUGUUUGUCUUUGAUCAAACCUUUGGAUCGCGAACCUCCGAACGGUAAUGAAAAAUGGCAAGUUUAUAUCAGAGCCAGCGAUGACGGUGGUCCGGGUGUUAAUAAAAAUAGCUUGUCUUCCGCCGCCGAAUUGGUUAUCAACUUGAUCGAUAUCAAUGACAAUGCUCCAACUCUGAACAUGGGCGCCGAUUACGUGAGAUGGGAUGAAAAUCAAAACCCCGGUUUCAUUGUGAAAUUGAUAGCUACCGAUAAAGAUGGUCCGGCCAAUGGACCUCCGUUUACGUUCGAGUUAAGCCCGGAUGCCGAUGCCGAUAUCCGAGCCAAAUUCUCAGUCCAAAAUGGUGAUCUAUUCGCCGAAGUGAGAUUCGAUCGAGAAGAACAGAAAGAAUAUUUAAUUCCGAUUAAAAUAACCGAUAGUGGUUCUCCUCCUCAAUCUGGCGUUGAUACGUUGAAAGUGGUCAUCGGCGAUGUCAAUGAUAAUCCUGCCAAGGAAGGAUCCAGCUCGAUAUUCGUUUAUUUAUUCGAGGGCGCUGCUACUGAUACGGAUAUUGGACGAGUGUACGUCGAAGAUCCGGACGAUUGGGACUUGGAUGAUAAAUAUUUCGAAUGGAAACAAUACAUCGAUGGUUUUUCGUUGAACGCCCAUACCGGAAUGAUCACGAUGAAUCACGGAUUACCUGGAAAAUCGUAUUUAUUGUACUUCAAAGUAACGGAGGAGCCGAAAAGUACCGGCUUGUUCGCCAAGCAUUCGGUCAGCGCCACCGUUAACGUUACAAUCAAAACGAUCCCCGAAGAAGCUGUAGAUAAAUCUGGAUCGAUACGUUUCGAAGGAGUUACCGCCGAAGAAUUCGUUACCAAGAAUCCGAACGGCGAAAGUAAAGCGGAUAUUUUGAGAUCGCAGUUGGCUCAGAUUUUAAACAACACCGAAGACAAUAUCGACGUUUUUACCAUACUCCAUUCGCCGAUAAAUAAUAACAAUACCUCGUUACACUUGGACGUGAGAUUCUCGGCUCACGGAUCUCCGUAUUACGAACCGGAGCGAAUUAAUUCUGCUAUUGUCAACAAUCAAGAUGAUGUGGAAAGAGCUUUGGAUCUGAGAAUGUUGAUGAUCAACGUGGACGAAUGUAUGGUGGAGAGCAUUUUGUGCGAAGCUGCGUGCGUCAACGAGUUGAAAAAAUCCAACGUUUCGGCGGCGGUUUUCACAAACACGACUUCAUUCAUCGGUAUCAACGCUUACGUGCAGCCAGUCUGCGAUUGUCGUCCUAGCUCGCGAUCCGAUUGUCGUAAUGCGGCAAUAGCUGCAGCCACAACUCCGCUUAAUACCGGCGGUUCGGAAGUGCGAAAAUUACCCGCGGAUACCUGCGUUCCAGCUGUUGGAUUUGAUGGCAAAGGAUGGGCAUUGUAUCCGCCUUUUGAAGCUUGCAGCAACGCUCAUAUCACGUUGUACGUUCGAGCUCUGCAGAAAGAUUCGUUAAUAUUUUACGUCGGACCGGAUUCGAUGAGACCGUCGGCUAUCGGAGUUGAAGAUUUCAUGUCUUUGGAGUUACGAAAAGGUUACCCAGUAUUGCUGGUUAAUUACGGCACCGGUACGACCAAGGUGGAGCACUCGUAUAAACAGAUCGUCGACAAUAUGGUGCAUAAAAUCGAAAUAAUUCUCACUACCACGAGUAUCGAAUUGAUCGUCGAUGAUUGCAAAUUGCAAAAAUGCAUGGGUCUGUCGACGCCGGUCGGAACGAAUAAAUUUUUAAACGUGAAUGGUCCUUUGCAAUUGGGUGGAACUUACAUGGACUUGACGCAUAUCUCGCUGCAGCGUAACUGGACUCAUAAACCGUUCGCGUUGGGCUUCGAAGGAUGCAUACAGAAUUUCACGUUCAACGAUAAGCUAUAUAAUUUGGGAAUGCCGAGUUUAUCCAAGAGUAGCGUAGACGUCGGAUGUAAUAAUAUCGUCGCCGAAUCUAUCACUUUCAAAUUCGACUGGACCUUUUUGGCUGCUAUAUUAAUUUGUUUAGUUAUAUUAACGAUUCUGUUGAUGGCUGUGGCUGUGCAUCGGAGGAAAGUCGAAGACAUGUAUAAGGACACGGACGAUAUUCGAGAGAAUAUUAUUAAUUACGAAGACGAAGGUGGCGGCGAAGGUGAUAUGACCGGAUACGAUUUAACCGUCCUCAGGUUACAAGAUUACGAUCCGAUUGGCGAUGAUAAAUAUAUGAAUCGAAUGUUACCUUCUACUGGAAUGGACGAAGUUCCAGACAUUUGUGGAUUUUUAGAUGGAAAGAAACACGCCGUUGAUAAUGAUCCGGAAACUUUGCCAUUUGACGAUGUUAGACACUACGCUUAUGAAGGAGAUGGUAACACCACUGGCUCAUUGUCGUCGUUAGCUUCGGGUACCGACGAAGGUGACUUGAAUUUCGACUAUUUGUCGAAUUUUGGACCUCGAUUUAGAAAAUUAGCUGACAUGUACGGAGAAGACGCCAGCGACGAAGAUAGCGAUACAUAUCAUAACACAGCGUCUGUGUCUUGGUGUUAACGAUAACCUAAUUGUAAAGUUUUUUUUUUCUAUUUUUAUUUAGUCGUUAUAUUGGUUUAUGCGUUUUU